AUGACGACCAACAGCGGAAUUCAAACUCAGAUUCCGAAAUUACUAGGGCCAAAUUACUAUCAUUGGCAUAUACAGAUGAGAGUGUUAUUAGAAUCACAUGAAUUAUGGACAAUAGUGGAAGAAGGUUACACAGAUCUGCCGGCAAAUGCAUCAGAAAGCGAUCAAAAUAUUCAGAGGGAGAAGAUCAAGAAGGAUAGAAAAGCGUUGCACAUAAUGUUUCAGGCAGUAAGUGAAACAAUAUUCGAGCGGGUGGCGACGUGCAAAACUUCAAAGGAAGCGUGGGAAAUACUGCACAAGGCAUAUAGAGGAGAGAACAGGGUAAAAAUGGUACGGUUACAAACCCUUAGAUGUGAAUUCGAUGCCUUAAAAAUGAAAGAUAGUGAAUCUAUAGAGGACUAUAUUAAUCGGAUGGCAGUAAUAGUCAAUCAACUUCGUCUAAACGAAGAACGUGUAGAAGAACAAAGGGUUGUAGAGAAAAUUUUAAGAAGUUUAACAAGAAAAUAUGAGUCAGUAGUUGUUGCAAUAGAAGAAUCGAAAGAUCUGAAUUCAAUUUCUACCGAAGAACUACAGGGAAUUCUACAAUCACAUGAGUUACGUUUGAAACAAUAUGACGAUGUUUCAACCGAACAAGCGUUUCAAAUACAAAGCGAUCAACAAGACAGAACAAGGCAGUCAAGAUCAGAAUAUAGCGGUAGAGGACGGGGUAAAGGAAGAGGAAAGUUCAACAAUAAUUCCAUUCGGUGUUUUAACUGUCAAAAAUUAGGACAUGUGGCACGAUUCUGCAAUAAAAGGAGUGAAGAUGAUAAAUCCAAUGCAGCACUCAUGCAUACUGAUGAACAAGAAGGCGAUAAUGAUGACACAAUGUUCAUGAUAUUCAACGUCGAGGAAGUUAUAAAAGGUGAUUGUUGGUAUCUUGACAGUGGGUGUAGUAAUCACAUGACUGGAGAUAAAAGUUUAUUUAUUACACUAGAUGGUUCUGAACGACGUGAAGUAAGAACUGGAGAUGAUAAGAGAUUGGAGGUUCUCGGUUGUGGAGAUGUAUUAAUAAAAGUUAAGGGAAUAGAGAGACGGGUUCCAAAUGUAUUUUAUGUAGAAGGCCUAAAACAUAAUCUUUUAAGCAUCGGCCAACUUAUUUAA